CAGGACCAACUGCUGCUUACGCUUGCUUCUGACACAGCUGUGUUUACUAGCAACCCAGAAACAGACACUAUGGUGCACCUGACUGGUGAGGAGAAGGCUGCCGUGGCCGGCCUGUGGGAGAAAGUGAACGUGGAAGAAAUUGGUGGUGAGGCCCUGGGCAGGCUGCUGGUUGUCUACCCAUGGACCCAGAGGUUCUUUGAGACUUUUGGGGACCUGUCCUCUGCUUCUGCUAUUAUGGGCAACCCUAAAGUGAAGGCUCAUGGUGCGAAGGUGCUGAACUCCUUCAGUGAGGGCCUGCACCACCUGGACAACCUCAAGGGCACCUUCGCUAAACUGAGUGAGCUGCACUGUGACAAACUGCACGUGGAUCCUGAGAACUUCCGGCUCCUGGGUAACAUGAUUGUCAUCGCUCUGGCCCAUCACUUCGGCCCGGAAUUCAACCCUGCUGUGCAUGCUGCCUUCCAGAAGGUCGUGGCUGGUGUGGCUAAUGCCCUGGCUCACAAGUACCACUGAGCGUUCUUUUCUGCCCUCCACUUCUUGAAGAAGGUCUCUCGGUCCCCUGAGAACAAUUACUAAAUCCAGGGGAAAUUAUGGAGUUCCUUGAACAUCUGGCUUCUGCCUAAUAAAGAACAUUUAUCUUCACUGCAA